AUGAGUGGUGCUGGUAUAACACUGACAAUAAAACAUAAACUAUCAGUUUACUUGAACAAACCAGAGAAUGAUUCUUUGGCUCAGACGGUGAUUGCACAGGUGAGAAGCAAGAGUUUUGAUGAUUUUACAAAGUUCACACAAAUUAUCGGCUUGAAGAAUGAUAACCAUGCUAGAGAUAUUUAUGACAUUAUACAGGAUUCCAAAGACGAUGAAGGGGUAUCUGAACCGAAAAGAGUUGCUAUAAGCUCCAAGAAACCUACGUUGAGCUUAUCCCCUGGGGAAGAAGAUGACUUUGAUGGGUUCGUUAAUCCGAAUAUCAAAGUACGAUCCAAGAGUAACACACCGCAAACUAAAUUCAAGAGAUUGAAGAAGGAGGAUACUGACAGGCUCAAAGAAACACCCCCUGCCAGCGAAUUAGAAUCAGAAUUGAAUGGGCCAUCAAAUAUUAACAAUCAACAAACCUCGCUUCAUCGAAGUGAGGUAAAACUGCAAUCAUCUUGGAAAACCAGUAUACCAAAUCAAACCGUCCCGAAAUCCUCAAACGAAGGUACUGGAGGAUACUUCAACUCUUCAGGAGAGUACGUUGAUUUCGAUCAUGCACCGGGAAACGACUUCAAUCGCAUUCCAAUAAUCAGCCAAGUAUUGAUCCCACCAUUUCUUGAUAGUGUGAAGGAGCAUUUAACUUUGCAAAUAUCUGGAACUAGUAUACGGGGAGCUGGCCCCACGGUAGAUCCUGUGAAGGACUCUACUUCCGAGUUGGCGUCUAUGGCAAAACAGGGGUCUUUGGUGGUGCAAUCGAAGAAAGCAAAGCAAGAGCGGGCAAAGCAAGCCAAGGAGAAAACCGGAAUAGCUACAACGGCAAAAGGAAAUGACAUCGAAGAGGAGCAAGAAGAAUCAGAGCAGGGUACUGAUUUUGCCGCAAUUCAAAAGCAACGUAAAAGCUUACCGGCAUAUGCAGUAAAGGACGACGUAGUAUCAACUAUUCGCGACAACCAGGUCACAAUUAUCAUUGGUGAAACGGGGUCUGGGAAAACAACACAACUAGCUCAAUUCCUUUAUGAACAAGGAUUGGCCUCUACUAAAGGUGGUGAGCGGAAGAUUAUUGGGUGCACGCAACCAAGACGAGUUGCAGCCAUGUCUGUGGCGAAACGAGUAAGCGAAGAAAUGCAAGUCAAGUUGGGAGAAGAGGUUGGUUAUUCAGUUAGGUUUGAUGACAAGACCAGUCAGGAAAAGACAGUUGUCAAGUACAUGACUGAGGGUAUUUUAUUGAGGGAGAUUUUGGCCGAUAGUACAUUGAGCGAGUAUAGUUGCAUCAUUAUUGAUGAGGCUCAUGAACGGUCUCUCAACACCGAUAUCUUGCUCGGGUUGUUUAAAGGGUUGCUAGCCAAGAGGAGGGAUUUGAAGUUAAUUGUAACUUCAGCAACAAUGAAUGCAGAUCGAUUCACUAGAUUCUUUGGCGCAGCUCCACAAUUCACCAUUCCUGGAAGAACUUUUCCCGUUGAUAUUUACUUCAACAAGAAUGCCACCAUGGACUACGUGGAAACAGCAGUCAAACAAAUAUUGUCAAUCCAUUUGAGUAAGGGAAGUAAUGAUGGAGGCACAUUUGUUAAUGAUGGAGAUAUUCUUGUGUUUAUGACUGGCCAAGAGGAUAUAGAAAUAACGUGCGAACUAUUACGCGAAAAGCUUGAAAUGUUGGAAAACCCCCCACCUUUGGAGAUCUUGCCCAUUUACUCCACUAUGCCACAGGAGUUACAAAAGCGGAUAUUCAACAAGUCAAGCAAAUCAAAGAGGAAGGUGGUUGUUGCAACAAAUAUUGCUGAGACUUCAUUGACUGUUGAUGGAAUCAAGUAUGUUAUUGACUGCGGGUUGGUCAAGGUGAAAGUUUACAACCCCAAAUUGGGUAUGGAUACGUUACAAGUAGUUCCUAUAUCGUUUGCGAAUGCCGAGCAAAGGAGUGGUAGAGCUGGAAGAACUGGUGCUGGAGUUGCUUACCGAUUAUACACUGAACGAGCUACUGAUCCGCACAGUAUGUAUCAACAGCCCAUCCCAGAGAUCCAGAGGACCAACUUGAGCAACACCAUGUUACUUUUGAAGUCAUUAAAUGUGCAAGACAUCAACAAGUUUCCAUUUUUGGAUGGUCCUCCCAAGGAUUUGCUCAAUUGUUCGUUGUACGACUUAUGGGCCAUGGGGGCUUUGGACAAUUUCGGUGAAUUGACCAACCUUGGACGUGAUAUGAUACAGUUCCCCAUUGAGCCGACAUUGUCCAAGUUGAUCUUGUUGUCUGUUCAAUUUCGUUGUUCAGAAGAUAUACUCACCAUUGUGGCGAUGUUGAGUGUUUCAAACAUUUUCCAAAGGUCAAAAGAGAGGGCAAAAGAAGCAGAUCUGGCGAGAGAGAGGUUUCUUGUUGCAGAGUCAGACCAUUUGACAUUACUCAAUGUUUACACACAAUGGGAGACGAAUAUGAAUAAGUUUGGAAAUAGUUGGAAUAGAAUCAAUGAGUGGUGUGAUCGCAACUUUCUCCAGUAUAAAUCUUUGUAUCGAGCAAGAGAGAUACGAAGGCAAUUGGCAUUGAUAAUGCAAAAGAGGAAACUUCCGUUUUAUAGAGCCACAAACGAUGACGAUAUUAGAAGAUGCUUGUGUGCUGCAUUUUAUCAUCAACUGGCUAAACUAGUCAAAAUGGGGGUCAAUGGGACUCCCGAGUUUGUCAACUUACGUCACAAUUAUAUGAAAAUGUAUCUCCAUCCCACGAGUAGCUUGGUGAAUAGCAACUUGAGUCUGAAUUUUGUCAUCUAUCAUGAUUUGAUAUUGACGUCGAAGGAGUACAUGAAUUAUGUGACUUGUGUUGAUCCCAUGUGGCUACUAGAAUAUGGUUUUGUUUUCUACAGCGUUCCACAAACAUCUCGAGAUAAAUUGGUGGAUGGUGUUGGAACAAAUGCAAGGGAAGUGUUUGAACGGCAACUUGAACAAGAUCGAAGAUUGUAUGAGGAAAAGAAUGCCAAAUUACACAGCACAGAGACUAGAGGAUCUUCAACUACAAGCAGAAAAAGCUUACUCUUUCGGAAACGUAAGAGAUUGUAA